AUGACCAACACCAACCUCAGCAACUCUCUCGGCCUCAGCGGUCUGUCGCUGUCUGACAAUGCUUCGACCGGCAAAGACCACCGUCUCGACAGCUCCGCCCUCCCAUCGCUCGAAGGCUUUCCUGCAGUUGUGGACAGUAUCCUCUACCAAUCCGACAACUCUACUCUAUUGGCAUGCCGCCUCGUAUCGACAUACUUCCGCGACCAGGCAGAUCGGGCGCUCUUCGACGAGAGCCUCAUCACGGACCUGAGCAAGGGUGACAUCGUCAUCAAAUCGAAAGGUCGUGUGCUUCCCUGCUUCCAUCCCGACAGCCCCGAGGAAGGCAAAAUAAAGACGCUCAGCUCGACCGUGGUCACGACAUGCACUGCCUUCUCGCACUAUCAGGAGCUGGCUCCGCUUCUGAUCAAGUACCUGCCGUGCAAAGGAGUGCUGAUCAUCUAUGGUAUGCCCCUUGCCGAGGGCCACAUCAAGUUUCCCAAGAUCCAUUCGCUUCAGGUGCAGCUGGAUCUGCGCCGGAAGGACGCAAUGACACCAACUGCCACGAUUGAGCACGAGAGCAUGUGCGUCGCAAUUGACCUUCAACUCCCCCUCAUGGAGCCAACGCACUGGUGGAAGAUCAUCCCCUUCCUCUGUCCCAACAGUCUGCAUUGCGCUCACAUCUGGGGUCAUGGCAAGCCUCGCAUGAGCUGGAUCAAUCUCGGCCCAUGCACUCCUGAGCCCGGCCAGUUUCCCGGCACCGAGUGGCUGGACGAACGCAACGACAACUGGUUCGUACACGUUAGCUGCCCUGAUCUCAAGGGUGGCGGGCUGAACGAAGCCAUGCGUACCGGUGUCAGGCACUCCCUAGCCAUCGUGCUCGCCUCUCCCGACGAACGCCUUCUUGACAGCACCGAUGGGAGCCCAUUCUGGGGGUAUGAAGGGCCUUCUCGGGCCGUGAUCAUGGCCGAGGCGCAGGCGAGGGCCUGUGAAGAAGACGCCUCGGACUCGGACGAGACGGUCACCAGCCCGAGCGUUGGCGCAGACGAGCUCAUCCGCAGCUGCGCCCAGCAGUAG